AUACCUCACCCACGUCGCCGUGGUCGCGGAAGUUGUCGAGCUCCUGCGCGUACGCGUUCUCCCAGCUGCGGCAAGAGCGGGCAACAGAGGGUCAGAAAAGCGGCGAGUGAUGCACAACGGGUGUUACGCGAUCACGGAGAGAGAUGGAUUUGCCAGGAGUUUUAUAAUAUACAACAUUAACAUGACAGUGUAAUGAACAUGUGACAGAAAAAUCGAAUGCAUACGUUUUAAUUUUGUUGUUCAGUUUUCACUCGUGUGAAAUUGUCGCCAUUUAUCUAAGAAAGCAGAUUUUGUAGAAUUAAAAGUCUUUAAUGAGUCUGUUUACAUAGUUUUUACCUGAAUGCGAAUAUAUACAUUUGCAUGCGUUACGUCGAAUCUAACCUAACCUAUUUGUGGAACUCAAAUUUUAUCUUAUCUAACGCUUGGGUUAUUAAGUGCUAAUUAGACAUGAGCAUUAACAGUCGGUUAUCGAGCCUGUUGUUUUUCGGGCGACAAUGCACGAAAUCUACUGCUGUAACACGAUGUUACGCUUCUGUUGCUGCAAAUCCAGCAGACCAAGACGGUGUAAAACCAAAAACUGGUAUAUUAAUGUUGAAUAUGGGUGGUCCUGCCAAUAUCAGUCUAGUCCAUGAUUAUUUAUUUAGGAUAAUGACUGAUCGUGAUAUGAUCCAACUGCCAGUUCAAAGUAAAUUAGGUCCUUGGAUAGCUAAACGCCGUACUCCAGAAGUGCAGAAAAAGUAUUCUGAGAUUGGUGGCGGAUCACCAAUUCUACAGUGGACGAAUAAACAGGGCGAGCUUUUAUGCAAACAACUGGAUAAAAUUUCGCCUGAAACUGCGCCACAUAAACAUUAUGUUGCCUUUCGAUAUGCAGAUCCUCUCACAGAAGAUACUCUUGAGAGGAUACGCAACGAUGGAAUACAGCAUACCGUACUUUUUUCUCAAUAUCCUCAGUAUAGUUGUUCCACUUCAGGUUCCAGUUUCAAUGCCAUAUACAAUUAUUACAGGUCUAGAGAAUUACCAAAUGACAUGAAAUUGAGUGUAAUCGAUAGAUGGGCCACACAUCCGCUUCUUGUGAAAACAUUUGUCGAGAGAAUUAAGGAGGAACUUGCACAAUUUCCUAGCGAAAAAAGAGACGAUGUGAUAAUUUUAUUUUCAGCUCAUUCCUUACCAUUGCAAGUUGUAAACAGGGGAGAUUCUUAUCCCUCGGAAGUUGGUGCCACAGUUGCAUUGGUAAUGAAGGAAUUAAAUAACUGCAAUCCAUACAGCUUGGUGUGGCAAUCAAAGGUUGGACCUUUGCCAUGGCUAGGGCCUUUUACCGAUGAAGCGUUAAAAGAUUACGUUAAACAGGGCAAGAAAAAUUUCAUUCUGGUACCAAUUGCAUUUGUAAAUGAACAUAUUGAAACCCUUCACGAAUUGGACAUAGAAUAUUGCAGAGAACUUGCCGAAGAACUUGGAAUUGAGAAAAUACGAAGGGCCGCCACGCCGAACGAUCAUCCUGUUUUCAUCGACGCUUUGACAGAUAUUGUUGUAUCUCAUCUUAGAUCGAAACAAUCUGUAAAUCCUAAAUUUUUAAUUCGGUGUCCUCAUUGCGUAAAUUUAAGUUGCGAUGCCAGCAAAAAGUGGUACGCUAAGAUUUGCAAAAGUUAAUGGUAUUUACGACAAUGCCCGGGCAAAAUUAUCAUAAAUAUUAUAUUUAAGUGUAAAUAAUAAUUAAUUGUAUAAUUUGCUGUAUCAAUUAUAUGUAAUGUUAUAUAAUGGUUUGUUAAUAAUUGAAUGAAGGGAUCUAAUGGAAUAUAUAUGUAUAUUAUAUUUGUGGAAACAUCGGUGCAAUAAUAUCGAAUAAAUUAUAA